AUGAACUCAUACAACAAUCCUGAGUCCUGCGGAUGCUGCGUGUGGUCUGAUGGUCGUCUGUACCAACCGGCAACUUGCCACGUUUGCGGAGGCAAUCUUCGAUGGGGUUGUGGAUCUUGCAAGAACACGGGACUGGAAUGGGAACCAUGCCCUCAUUACCACCAGUCCAACGCGACGAGGCGUUCGGCUCAGCCAGCAUAUACUACCACUCAGCAGUAGCCUCUUAGCCAUGUUGAGUGUUCUAAGUCAUCAUAACACAUCGCCUUGGUUAUGUCAGUGUGCGAGGAGUUCCCGAGUUGGCGGUCGGUUUUCCAUUCGUUUACUUUGGCUUCCGCAGUUAUGCCUUACUUGGUGUUACGGUAUGGUCCCCAGGUAACAAGGGUCUUGGUGUUCUGGUAUACUUUCUUCCGUAUGGUUCGGGUCGCGCAGGAGUACGGCCUUUUGUAACGCUGGCUAGGAUUCGAGGCGGUCGUUUGACUUUGAUCAGGCUACAAUGGGUUAGCAUAGAGGAAACUUGAGCAAAUA